GACAUCCUCACCAAGGUGAAGUUCCCUGGAUGUGGCCGUCAUCAAGUCCCGGGCGUGGUGAUGAUGGAGGUGACCAACGGCAGGGCUGCUGCCGGUCCGAACGCAGGCCUCCCACUCUGCGACCAGUAUGCCCGCGUCGUGGUGGUCUUUUGCUCCCGGCCCUCGCCCGUGCGGAUCCCUGUACCGGCCAGCAGUUGCAGUGGAACUUUACAGCUACACCCCCUGCAAGCCACCUCGACAGAUGAGCGCACGCGACAAGCUUUUGUGGACGAAGAGAAGGACGAGCUCUUCGUUCCGGCGCUUUCCGCCAUUGUAUUUGUAGAGCCCCUACCCGGCCGCGAUGGCUACAAGGCGCACCCGCUCAAGCGGAACUUUUCCUGCGCCGUGCUGUGA